AUUAAGAUAUUUUUUUCAAAAAUCUCAUGAAAUAUUUGCAUUAUAUUUGUAUUUAUUUUGAGCGUAUCUGAUUUUAAAUCAAAAAAGUGAUUCCUAAAGAGCAUAGUCUAGAAGAUUAUAAAUUCAACCGUUUUUUUUUAAUUUCAAUCAAACUUCAGGAAGUAUGUUUAAUUUACUACCGCUUUUAGCAGUUUUUAUAGUUAUACAUACAAGAAUAUAUUUCGUUUUUCGCUAUGCAUUGACAUGUGCGUGCGCGUGUGAGAGUUGCUUCCGGCGGCUAGUACCUAUUCUCUUUAUCGAUUAUUCACUUUUUAAAUUUAACAUAAACUAUUUAUAGGUUCUUAUGAGCUUCGAUGUAAUGCGGCAGUUACAGCUUAUAACGAAGGAGCUAAUCGUCUAUCUUCUUUUAAUAAACAAAUAACCGAUAAAAGCCCUGGUAUGUAUACUAAACAAUACAUUAAAAAAAGUACGAGACGAAUUGAAAAUCAUAGCCGACGUCGAUGCCUUUUUAAAACAUCUGAACGCACAAAAACUGCUGCCAAACCACUGACCAAUACUGGACCGGAUGAAAAUUACGGAAAUGUAUUACACGACCCGUUCUUAGAUUUAACUGAAAAUCAAAUUGAAGCAUAUAAACGCGAUUACUUGGAUAAAUUAUCUUUAUCUGAGAGUCAAAUAAAAAUAUUGGAAAUGAGAACAAGAAGGCAACACCAGUGUGAAGAAUGGUGUAUUGAAAGGAAAAAACGACUUACAGCAUCUAUUUUCGGGAAAGUUUGUAAAAUGCGUGAUAAAACGUCACGUGCUAAAACUGUGAACGAUAUUUUAUUUGGUAAAUUGUAG